AUGGGACAAGGCCUGGGGAUCAAGAGCUGCGACUUCCAGGCAGCAAGAAACAAUGUAGAGCACCACACCAAUGACAUCAGCUCCCAGCACCUCAUUGUGAGGAGGGGGCAGCCCUUCACCAUCAGCCUGAACUUCUGGGCUCCAAUCCGCACAUUUUUGCAUACCCUGAAGAAGGUAGUCCUCAUUGCACAAACUGGAGAACAGCCUUCCAAGGCCAACCAGACCCAAGCCACGUUCUCAAUUUCCAGUCUUGGGGACCGGAAGUGGUGGAGUGCAAUGGUGGAGGAGAGAGAUGACCAGUCCUGGACUAUCUCUGUGACCACACCCGCAGACGCUGUCAUUGGCCACUACUCACUCCUGCUGCAGGUUUCAGGCAGGAAGCAAUGCCUGGGCCAGUUCACGCUGCUCUUUAACCCCUGGGGUCGAGAGGAUGCUGUGUUCCUGGCGAAUGAAGCUCAACGCAGGGAGUACUUGCUGAACCAGAACGGCCUCAUCUUCCUGGGCACAGCUGACUGCAUCCAGGCUGAGCCCUGGGACUUUGGCCAGUUCGAGGAGGAUGUCAUCGACCUCAGCCUGGACUUACUGAGCGUGGACAAGCGGGUGGAGAAGUGGGGCAACCCCGUGCAUGUGGCCCGUGUCUUGGGUGCAUUGCUGCACGCCCUCAAGGAGAAGAGUGUCCUGCCCACCCCGCAGAUCCAGACCACCGAGGAAAAGGCCUUGCUGAACAAGCGCCGGGGCAGCGCGCCCAUCCUGCGGCAGUGGGUCAAGGGCCAGGGGAGGCCCGUGUAUGAUGGUCAGGCCUGGGUGUUGGCCGCCGUUGCUUGCACAGUGCUGCGAGGCCUGGGAAUCCCUGCCCGCGUCGUUACCACGUUCACCUCAGCCCAGGGCACUGGCGGGGGCCUGCUCGUAGAUGAGUACUACAGUGAGGAGGGGCUUCAGAAUGGAGAAGGCCACAGAGGCAGAAUCUGGAUCUUCCAGACUUCCACGGAGUGCUGGAUGGCUCGGCCUGCUCUGCCCCAGGGUUAUGACGGAUGGCAGAUUCUGUACCCAAGUGCCCCUAAUGGAGGUGGAGUCCUGGAGGCCUGUGAUCUGGUCCCAGUCAAAGCAGUCAAGGAGGGGAUGCUGGGGCUGACCCCUGCAGUAUCAGACAUUUUUGCCUCGAUAAAUGCCUCAUGUGUGGUCUGGAAGUGCCAUGAGGAUGGGACACUGGAGCUGACCGACUCCAACACUAAGUAUGUUGGCAACAACAUCAGCACCAAGGGUGUGGACUGUGACCGCUGUGAGGACAUCACACAGAACUACAAGUAUCCUGAAGGAUCUCUUCAAGAAAAAGAGGUGCUGGAGAAGGUCCAGGAAAACAGAAUGAAACAUGGGAAAGACGAUGGCAUCCAUCCUCCCAGUCUCGAGACUGAUGAUCCUUUACAUUUCUUCUUGGAAGCACCCAGCUCCCUAGCCCUGGGAGGGGACGCCCGGUUCUCUGUGAACUUGUUAAACCCUAGUGACCAUGAUAAAGAGGUGCAGCUGGCUGUUGGGCUGCAGGCAGUGUACUACAAUGGUGUCCUUGCUGCCAAGCUCUGGACGAAGAAGCUUGUCCUUACACUCAGGGCCAACUCAGCUGAGAAAAUCUCCACCUUCCUGUCCUUCUCCAAUUUUAAACAAAACCCACCAGAGAAUAGUUUCCUCAGACUCACGGCUAUGGCAACACACUCCAGCCCUACCUGCUUUGCUCAGCAAGACAUCGCCAUUUGCAGACCACACCUUGCCAUCGAGAUGCCAGAGACAGCAGAGCAACAUCAGCCCCUUACGGCCUCAGUCAGCAUCCAUAACUCCUUAGAUGCUCCCAUGAAGGGCUGUGUGAUCUCCAUCUUCGGAAGGGGACUCAUUCACAGAGAGAAGAGCUACAGAUUAAGUUCGGUGCAGUCCAGAAACACCUUGCGCACCCAACUCGAGUUCACACCAAUGCAGGUGGGGCUCCAGAGGCUCACUGUGGAAAUGGACUGCAACAUGUUCCAGAACCUAACCAACUUCAGAAGUGUCACUGUGGUAGCCCCUGAAACUCCAGCUUAA